AUGCAAAAACAUGUUUUCCUUCGUAUAGUAGACGUGCUGAUUAAUAAGAACACUUUCUUCCAACAAAGGCCAGAUGCCACAGGGAGACUUGGUGCAUCAGCAUUGCUAAAGUGCACUGCGGCUAUAAGGUUGUUAGCAUAUGCCACAUCAGCAGAUUCAGUGGACGAUUAUCUUAAAAUGAGUGGCUCUCUUGCUAGAGAUUCACUACAACAUUUUGUUGAGGGUGUGGUUGCCGAGUUCGGUGACGAAUACUUAAGAAGACCUAAUGAAACAGAUUUAACGAGAUUGUUAUAUGUAGGUGAGGAAAGAGGAUUUCCGGGAAUGAUGGGUUCCAUUGAUUGCAUGCAUUGGCGAUGGAAAAAUUGUCCACUACAAUUUAAAGGGCUCUAUUCGGGAAGAGCUGGUAAGCCAACUUUAGUUCUCGAAGCUAUUGCGUCAUAUGAUUUGUGGAUCUGGCAUGCUUUCUUUGGAACACCAGGUAGGUGCAAUGAUAUAAAUGUUCUUGAUAGAUCUCCAAUAUUUAACGAUGUAUUUGAAGGUCGUGCACCUCCAAUAAACUAUGUUAUCAACCGCCACCAGUACGACAUGGGUUAUUACCUAACAGAUAUAUCCUCAAUGGGCCGCGUUUAUUCCCACAAUAUCUCUUCCAUUGAAUGA